AUGUCGGACGUUGAGGACGAGUACGAGGAUGAGGAGCAACAAGAGGAGCCUGAAGAGGCUGAGGAGCCCGAGGCGGAAGAGCCAGAACCGGAGCCAGAAGAGGAAGAACGGGAGGCUCCAGCUCCAGCUGCUCGUUCUUUGGCCUCUCCACCAGCCUCGGGAAUGAAGAGUCCAACACCGGGACGUGCGCAGAAUGUUCCAUCAAUUCCAAAGACUGUUCUCAGGAAACAACAACUCUACUCUGGUGGGAAACCCUCAAAAGUGCACACUAAGGACAAAUUGAUGAAGAGUGAGGGAAUCAUUCCAAUCCAGGCCGGAUCCAACAAAUACGCCUCGCAGAAGGGAAUGACUGGAUUCGGAGCCCCUCGUGACGUCAUCGAUAAAGUGAAAUCGGAGAAUUUGGCGGUGUUGGAGGACGAGAAGAAAAUCGAGUUGUUGAAGGCGUCCACUUGGCUCCAAUCGGGCACCAACAAAUUCGCCUCGCAAAGGGGACAAACGGCUUUCGGUGCCGGACGUGACGUCAACUACAAGACCAAGGGAACCGGUGGAGCCAGCGAGGUAUCUGAGGAGAAAGCCCGUGCCACUGAUGGAAUCGUUCCCCUUCAAUCCGGAACGAAUAAACUCGCCUCGCAAGCUGGAAUGACCGGAAUCGGAAUGCCUCGAAUUGUUGAUGUCCGAAAAUGCAACGAUCAAGACCGUGACUCGCAAGGAUUCAUCCACCUCCAGAUGGGAACCAAUCGAUUUGCAAACCAAUCCGGCAUGACUGGCUUUGGUAUGCCACGACGAGAGAUCACCAAAUACAAGGAUGAGACUCGAGGAGAAAUGCCACACGAUGAGAGCUCAACUUCGAGACAGACCACUGGAUGGAAAGAGGGUGCUAACCAGAGUGGUAUGACCGGUUUCGGAGCUUUCCGUAACAACACGAUCGCCACUUUGAACGCUCAAGCUCAACGCUCGCAAGGCAUGAUUCCCUACCAGAUGGGAGUCAAUUUCCUCGAUUCACAGGCUGGAAAGACCGGAUUCGGACAACCACGCCAGGUGUACACUCCAUUUGUGGACGAGACUCACGAGGAAUUGCCCGCAGAUAUGGCUCGUCGUCCGGAUGUGCCUUUCUGGUCCGGACAAGAGGACACCUUCGCCAACCAGACGGGAAUGUCGGCAUUCGGAACACCAAGAGACGUUCGCGGCGAGUAUGUGCGCCGAAUGUGG